AUGACCGUCUCUUACUCCACCAAGUACACAGACCAGUGGCAUCCGCGAGGCAAUUUCGACCACUAUACCGCAAUCAAAAUGGAACGAAGGUCAUCCGACGAUGAUGACCGGUCAUCGCCCUCCAUCCCCAUCGCCACCGUGAUGACAGCGAACGAAAACUGGAGAGGCAAAAACGACCCAGCAGAACGGCGCCGCAUCCAGAAUAGACUUAAUCAACGUGCCUUCCGCCAGCGCCAGCGAGCCGGAGAGUCGCCAAAGCAGUACAAGCCUCGCAGCGGGUCAUCGACAAAGUCAGAUAUACGAGAAGAAGAAGACGACGAUGAUGACGAUGACGAAGAGGAAUCCGAAGACGAAGACGCAACCUCGGAGUCAGAGACAAGCCAGCCUUCGCCACCCACCGCACAGUCUACUGCGGUCUCCAGCACCAGCCAGGCCAACGCCGAAGCAGGCCGGGUCUGCGAUGAGCUCGCCCGCAUCAUAAAUCGAAAUUUCAUGGCCGCGGUCGUCAGCAAUGCUCAGAAACUCGGCAUAAAUCUGGCCGCACUCCAAUCCGGAACAGCAAUCAAGACGCCGCGGGUGGGCAACCGUCAGGUGCCGUCGUCGUUGACGCCCGUGGAGCUGCAAUAUCAAGUACCUCACGAUCCCAUCAUCGACAGCUUACCACACGCCCGGCUACGUUUCAACAUCCUACGCGCCAUUGCGACACAUCAGCUCAACGCGGCAGACUUUGCGCGGUCUAUACGGUCUAGCGGCGCUCUCGAGAACCACAACGGCAACUGGCUCAGGGGUGGCUUGGUGGUGUGGAACGAGCCUGAUCAGCCUGCGAAUUGGGAGUUGUCCGAACCUUUCGUCAGGCGCUGGUUCAUGCUCUUGCAGGGCUGUGAAGACCUGCUCCAAGCAACCAACGCGUGGAGGUGCAGGCGUGGGGAGCGGUUGUUUCCACUGACGUUCAACCAGGGUGGUUCUCCUUGA